CUAUCCUUCUCAGGAGACUCUGAAAGCAUAAAGCCUUUCCUUCUUCUAAAUCCCAAAACCCAAAACCCAAAAUGGGGAAGUACAUUAGGAAGGCCAAGACGGCAAUGGAAGUCAGCGUAAUGGACGUCUCCCAGUCUUCCCUCGGGGUUCGAACCCGGGCAAAAACUCUUGUGCUUCAACGCUUACAGAAAUCCUCCACUUCUCCGGCAACGGCGCCUACAUCUCCAACUCCGGGUUCCUCCUAUCUCCAGCUACGAAGUCGCCGGCUAGAAAAGCCUCCUGUUGUGUUGCGCCACCAUGAUUCGAAGAGGCUGAAGCAACAAGGGAUUAAAGACGAGGGCUGUGGGGGAAAAUCUAACCCUAAUUCCAAUUUUCGGGUCCGGUUGGGUAAGGAUGAUGACGUUGGGAGAGAAGAAAUGGUGCAAGAGACUAAUGGAAAUGACAAUAUUAUUAAUAACAACGACAUCAACGAUUUUGGUGGUAUUGAAGCUUCCUUUGGAGAAAAUGGUUUGGACAAUGAAGCUCGAGAAAGGGGCACUAGGGAAUCAACUCCUUGCAACUUGAUAAGGGACCCAGAGAGUAUAAGAACCCCUGGUUCUACUACUAGGCGUACCAGCUCAACAGAGACUAACCAGAGAGUACAUAAUUCAAUGCGUGGGCAACUCCCGAUAGCACAUGAAAUGGAUGAGUUCUUUUCCGUUGCAGAAGAAGAGCAACAGCGACAGUUCAUUGAGAAGUACAACUUUGAUCUCGUGAAUGAUAAGCCGCUCCGAGGACGUUAUGAAUGGGAGAAACUGAACCCGUAGUGAAGAGUAAUUGUUGCAUAGGGACUUACUUUCUGGUCAAUUCUCACUUGAUAUCAAAGUAUAGGUACUUUGUAGUCUUUUAGCUGUAAAGGUGACGGUGUUAAUUUCCAUUUUCCAUCACCAUUAAUUCACUUGUAAAGAAAGAAUUAGGACUU